AUGGCGAUGACGAACCGCCCUCACCAUCGGGCCUCGUCCAUCGCCUCGUCCGCCUCGGCCUCGGCCUCGCACGCCGACAAAGUUUCCGCAUCACCGCCGUCGCCGCCGUCGAAUGCCAACGCCGACGGCCCUCACGCCGCUCGGGAGUCGACGGCCCCCCUUCACGGCCACCCGUCGAUCCUGCAACCCCGCGUCGCCGUCGUCCUCGACGUGCCGCCGCCUUGGCACCCCUGGCUCUUCGCCCUCCGCCUCUGCUCCAUCCUACCGGCCCUGUGGUGGGGUCUGCCUUGCGCGUUGCAGCUGCUUCUGCGCCUGCUCCCCGGCGACGACCGCGUCCUCGUCGUCCGCGCGACCAAGGCCUCCUCCUUCGCCUCCUCCUCCUCCUCCGCCGCCGCCGCCUCCUCCUUCUCGUCGGCCCAUCAGCCGUCGGCUCCCCAUGGCGAGGACGCCGUCGAGUAUGCCUUGACCGAGGCCAUGCUCGCGACCAUCUGGUGCUUCGCCUGCGGUUACCUGUCCUUCUUCUUCGCCGACUGCCUCAUGUCGCGCUGGUUCGUCCUCCAGCCUCGCCCCCCCCCGCCUCGCCCCGCCUCGCGCACGCUCAUAAACUACACUCCCCAAGCGACCAUUGUCCGUCUGCUCUCCAUCAACGCCGUGAACGCCUACCUCACCCUCACCGUCCUCUCCCUCACCGGCGGCUUCCAAGACCCCCGACUCCUGCUGCCGGGCUGGAUCGGCAUCGCGACCGUAGGCCUGAACCCUUUCCACUCCUCCCUCCCCUCCCUAUCUCUCGCGUCGAUCGCCCUUCCGUUGGCGCCCCGACUCUCUGACAGCGUUCUCGUCCAGACCCUGACCGUCUGCUACCACAUCACGCACCAAAAGAUCAACAUUCGCAAGGAGACGUCGACAUCGAUCAACGUCUUCUCCAUUGCCAGCUACAUCACCAUGGUCACGCUGCUUAUCCACAUGCACUCGUACCUCGCCGACUACCCGACCAUGCCCAUCAUCUCGCGCGCGAGGCAGCUCUGGCAGGACGCCAAGGGGCUCCUGGUGCGGCUGCAGGGUGCCAUCGUCGAACGUUCGGAGCUGUGA